CUUCAGUCUAAAUCCGAACCCUUGUGCUGAGUGUUCAUCUCCGAGUAGCAGACACAUUCCAAUCGCAGACUAUCGAGCAAAUCCAGAAACAACGACGGGCAUUAAAUGCCAAUUCUCUAGUGCAAAACACACACACCAACCCCUUCCAAUUGGCCUAAUCUCAAUCAUAUCUAAAGUUGUGAUAGCAAACAAAUACAAAUAGAUACUGGGACCUAUUUCGAGCUAAGCGAAAUACUCCCUAUCCCACGCACUUUUUCCGGACUUUCGAUUGUGCAUUUGAAUGCUGCUGCAGCAGUGCGGAAAAAUCAUCAAUCCCGAUCGGCAUUUCACAGAGUGCUGGAACACAAGCCUAUUGCGAAACUUUGACUUCAUCUCCCUGCUGAGUGUUAUUUCCCUGAGUGUUGCUAAGAUGGCCGCCAUUCCACAAGGUGCAUUUGCAGCCUGCAAGAUCCGCGAGCAAUUCAACGAGCGGGAGCUGAUCGUCGCCCGUCUGCGAUCCGCUGCUGCAGAUAAGGGUUCCGUUGACAACGGGAACGCGCUAACCCAGCGCGAAUACUCGCCGAACAAGUACAACGACAAGCUGAUGAACUCCAUCUGGGGAUUGUACAAUCGCUAUUCCCCCCACAAUGUGAAGAAGAACGAGUACGCCCCCACCAAGUGAUGACCUAAACGGGGGCCACGAUGGACGUGGCCCCAAUACGACUAGCAUUCCCACCGGAAUGUUGGUCCAAAUAUCUUAUAUUAUAUAUACAUAUAUAUCCCAUACUAUAAUCUCAAGCACAUAUUAUACGCAGCUAUAUCAGUUUUAACACGCACAGCUUUGGUAACAAAUAUCCAUUUAAUGCUGUAAUGUUUUUGUAAAAUUCAAUAAAUACUUAUGAUAUUGUAUGUAAAAGGGA